AUGGGAAACUACUUCACGACGCCGCCGCCGCCUCCACCUCCGGUCAUUGCACGCUGGCGCGACGCAAAAUCCGCCGGGUGGGGCAACUGCCGCGGGUCGAUCCUCGCGCUCCUCGACGAAAAGUACCAGUAUUCCCCCGAAGCGCUUGAUUGCAUCAAUGCGAUUUACACCCACAUGGACCGCGCACUUGAUCUCCACCAAGGCGCGACCCACGAGAUGUACCAGUGGUGUGACCAGGUCGAAAGCUACAUUGGUGGCUUUCUUCUGUGUGACGACCGUGCCGACGCCGCGAAGCUUCGGGACGCGAUCCUCCCGCUCCUCGACGUGGCGGAAAAAACGAUGAAGACCACAAUUAAAAGCCUCGAGUCUGCCAUUCUGGACGUCAAUGCGGCCAUUGGGUUGCUCAUCCAAUUCCGCGUCGCCAUCAACAAGAGCUUUGCCCCCAACGCUGGGCGCCUCGUCGCACAGCGCAAUGCGGCCACGCUCAGCCUCGAUGCUGCCAACGCGUGCCUUGUGGCGACCAGGGACGCACUUGAGCGCGCCAGGGACGCUUUGAAGCGCGACAUGGACCUCGCUAAAGCCAUCGCCGCAACCUCAGGAGUGGUGCGCGUGUUUAUCGGGAUGGACACAUUGGCGCUGUCGGACGUGCAGCAACAGUACCUCUUGCAAGCAAGGGAAUAA